GUAACGCGAAGAAACGUUAAAAAUGGUUAUUCUGCACGAUGAAGAGUAUUAUGAAAGUAGAAAACCUGAGCCUGAUUUGGGACCGGUGCGUAAUUUUUUGCGAUUUGUUUGGAAUCCACAAAGAAGAACAUUGCUCGGCAGAAAAGGAAAAGAAUGGGUCGAGCUAGGAAUCUUCUAUCUGUGCUUUCUCAGUGUACUGAGCUCCAUUUUCGUGUUGCAAAUGUGGAUUAGUAUUCAAUAUGUUUCGAAACUAGACAAGCCGUUUUUUCUCUAUGAGGGUUUAGUGUCCACAUCUGUCAGGAGAGGUUUCCCAUUUUACCGUCAAUUUCCAGAUUUUUAUAGUCCAGGAAUUGACUUCAAGCCGAACACUGUGCUGCCCACGACAUCUCCCAUUAUUUGGAUCGAUAAUUCAAGUACAAACGCUCGACCGAAGAGAUACAUCGAAGCGUUGAAUAAUUUUCUUCAAGGUAUGUAUUUAGUAUUAAAUGAAAGAAGAGUUAAAAAAAAACUAUUGUUAUUCUGUUUAGAAUACAAUAAAAGUAAAGAAAAUUACAAGACAGUCGCGGAAUGCAACAACGGCGUGUUCGGAGUAAAACCUUGUCUUUUCGAUGUUGAGAGUCUUGAGAUUCAAUUGGAUACCUGUACAUUAUAA